AUGGACACGAUAACGAAGGAAAUCCAGAAGCAGCACCCGUGGACUCUACUCUUUGCCGAUGAUGUCAUGCUCGCGUCGGAGUCUCGAGGUGAUCUUCAGAAACAAGUACAGUCUUGGAAGGAUCGGCUGCAGAAAUAUGGAUUGCGCCUCAACACAUCAAAAACUGAGUACAUGGAGUGCGGACCAAGGAUAGAGGAUGGUUCAAUUCGUGUCGAUGGCACCCAAUCAAACAAGGUGGACUGUUUCAAGUACUUUGGAUCCAAAGUGACUUCCAAAGGCGACAUUGAUCAAGAAGGUCGAGCACGUGUUAAUGCGGCAUGGAUGAAAUGGAAAAUGGCAACAGGCGUACUGUGCGACAAGAAAGUCCCUGUUCUACUGACGUCGAAGAUCUACAGGACGGUUGUGCGUCCUGUUGCCCUUUACGGAUGCAAGUGCUGCUUUGGAGAUGCGGAUGUUAAGGUGGACGAUAGAUAUAGGUGUAACGCUAAAAGAGAAAGUAUCCAACGACACUGUGCGCUCCAUCUUCGGCGUCGUCCCGAUAACUGA